UUCACAUGUUUUGUCCUCACCCUUCCUGCAUGCCAUCAAACACUAUCUUCUUCUCACAGAAUACCAGACUGGAAGCUCCUCCUCCUCCUCCUCCUCCAAUUUCCAAGCGUUCAUGUGUGCUCCUUCUCCCUUCACUCACUCUCUGAUUCCCGGCUUCUGAAUGCGUACUCAAAAGCGUACUGUUUCUGUAUCAUUGGUUUGUAAUGGGUGUAUGCGAAAACUAGUCAAUACUAGCUUAAAAUUUCAAGCUUGACUCGACUGCUUCACAGUAUCGAGGAGGGUGCAUUGUUUUGUGUUUACUAUUUCCUUGAUUCUCUCUUUCUUAUUUGUUUCAAGACUCAUGGCUUUCACAACUUCUGACAUUAAAUUUCGCUUUCGGAGCUUUACUGCUUCAAGUUCCAUUUAAUUGCCUUUUCCUUUCUGUUCACAAAUGGCCAAUGUGAUUGGCCUUACUGCAGUUUUCGUCACUCUGUCAUGACUCAUGGGCAAUUUUUCCCUAACAUCAUGGUAAAGAUUUAGACCCUUUAAUAACUUGUUUGCUCAAUACUUUCUGAGGUAUAGUUGCAUUAACAGAAAUAUGCGCGUAUACGGCUUUGGUAAAUGCAUUUGGUAGGGAAGGACUUUGUGACAAAGCGGAAGAAGUUUUUGAGCAAACGCAAGAAGCAGGGCACGAGCCAGAUGUGUACGCGUAUAAUGCCCUUAUGGAAGCUUACAGCAGUAUACACCCCAACUUCUACAAGAUGUUGCUCCCUACAGUCGUGCAGGGUUUCCUUAGGGAGCUGCAGAAAUUUUCUCCCUCAUGCAGCGCAUGGGUGUGAACCUGAUAGAGCUUCGUAUUAUAUCAUGGUAGAUGCAUAUGGAAGCGUUGGUCUUCAUGAAGAUGCACAAGCUACGUUUGAAGAGAUGAAGCGAUUAGGAAUAACCCCGACAGAGAAAUCCCAUAUGCUACUUUUAUCCGCCUACUCCAAAGCUGGCAACGUAGCUAAAUGUGAGGACAUUGUUAACCAGAUACAAGUGUCCGGGCUGGAGCUAGACACUUUCGUCAUCAACAGCAUAUUAAAUCUGUAUGGCCGGUUGGGUCAGUUAGAAAAGAUGGAGGAAGUUAUGACAGCAAUGGAAAAAGGACCUUCUGCAGCUGAUAUCAGUACAUAAAACAUCUUGAUUAACAUAUACGGAAGGGCAGGAUUUUUCGACGAGAUGGAAGAGCUCUUUCAGUCGCUUCCACUCAAAAACUUGAAAUCUGAUGUUGUGACAUGGACUUCGAGGCUUGGAGCAUACCCGAUAAAGAAACUAAACACAAGGUGCUUGGAAAUUUUCGAAGAAAUGAUUGGUGCCGGUUGCUAUCCAGAUGUCGAAACUGCAAAAGUACUUCUUGGAGCGUGUUCAAGCGAUGAUCAAACCGAGCAGGUUAGUACUGUUAUUAGAACUAUGCACAAGGAUGUCAGGACUGUUUUACCUAUUUGAUGGAUGGAUUUUGUAAACACUGAUCACAAAGUAUUACAUUUUGUCAUCCUAACUAUCCAUCUCUUCAUCAAAAUCAUCAGAAAGCAUUAGCUGUUAAGGUAUGCUCAUGGCUAAAAUGCUAAAGCUCCAUAUCUCUCUAUGUGACUAAAGACUGCAAGAAAGAAGCUAACAUGCACGAAUAACUGUUAUGUUGUUAAAUUGUUAGUUCGAUCACUCAACCAUCUUGGAAGUCUAUUAUUCCGUUCCUCUUGCAAUUAUGUUCAGUUCACACGAGAACAAGAUUUAAAAAGACGCUAAGUGCUAGUUGGGCAAUGGGUAGGGGCCUAGCGCCUAGGUGUCAUAGAUUAUAAACUAUUAGAACACAUUGAAAAUAUGGAAAACAAACAUAUAAUGAGUGUUCAUCCAAGUAUUUAAGAAGUCUCUUACAAUUUAUUGAAAAAAUAAAAUGCAAUAUAAAAGUUAUCUAAUUUCUGGCUAAGUGAGAGUCGCUACCUAGGUGAGUGCCUAGGCAGGUCUGGGUGCUCUUAUUUAAUUUUCAAACACCUAAGAAUUAAUAGGGUCAGUGACCAUCCACCUAACGCCUAAGCUGGCGGUGCUUACAAGAAUUUUUAGAAUAACACCUAAAAGUAGCAAGAAUUUCACAAAAAUGAGUAAUGGAUCGAAUUAAUAAUCUAACAUAAUACAUACUUAAUAGAAAAAUUAUGACCUAAUUUGACUAUAAUAAUAAAAAGAAAAUGAUUUUCGAACUCCGCAUUAGUCAUAACAAGUGAGGAAAGUGAACAAAAAGUUUGGUCAGAUUGUCGUUUCACAUGUAAAUUUUUUUUUUUUUUUUUUUUUUUUUUAGAAAUUCGGGCAAGGCUGCCCAUAGUAUUAACCACAACCAGCAUUACAACAUAAGAGCCCAAAAUGUACAACACAGAGGCCCAAAAACAAAAAACACAAACAAACAACAGAAGCCCAACCAAAAGGUGAGACUAAAGCAAAGAAACACAUAAACAACCGGAACCGACGCGUUUUCCGCCAUAGCCACCGCUACAACCACCAAAACCGCAGCCGUGCAUGUCGAUUCAGCCAAAGUCGCACCCCAAACAACGCCGCGCCUCACCGAAAUCAGCAACCAACGCCAAGCUUCACACCAAGGUCAGCUACAGACACCAGAGAAUCGGCAGCCAAGGGAAAGAAGCUCAUGGCAGACCAUGAGCAACACUACCAACAAGGGCAGACAACAAAGAGAAUGUGGGGGUGCAAGGAACACCCGACCCAGUGCAAGCACCAGAUCAAAGCACACCAACUCAAAACAUCGCAACAAAGUGCUACAAAGGGAGACUGAAGCUUGGAAGUUGGAGGAAGUCAGAGGAGAGACAACAAAGGGGAGAGAAGAAGGCAAAUCGGCCAAUAAACCCAGGGAAGAAAACGGCGAAA